GCUCUUUUUUGGACAAAUUUCAAACCCAGAGAAAAAAAGAAAAACGAAAAACCCAUCACCAAGUUUUACACCAAAAUUAGCGCAAGAUGGCUCAGGCAGCGAGGCUCGACCUCCGAAUGCAAAAGGAACUCAAGCUCCUCCUCACCGACCCUCCUCCCGGCGCGUCGUUCCCACUUCUCUCCUCCUCUUCUUCUCCCUCCUUGUCCGCCAUCGAUGCCCAGAUUGAAGGUCCUGAAGGGACUGUAUACGCCAAAGGGAUGUUUCACAUUAAGAUUCAAAUACCGGAAAGGUACCCAUUUCAGCCUCCAAGUGUGACGUUUGUGACACCCAUCUACCACCCUAAUAUCGACAACGGAGGCCGAAUUUGCCUUGACAUUCUUAAUCUUCCCCCCAAGGGGGCAUGGCAACCAUCAUUAAACAUUUCAACUGUGCUUACAAGCAUAGGGUUGCUAUUGAGUGAACCCAAUCCUGAUGAUGGCUUAAUGUGUGAAGCAAGUAGUGAGUACAAAUAUAACAGACAAGCCUUUGACCAAAAAGCUCGAUCCAUGACUGAGAAAUAUGCCAAGGUUGGAGUCAGUGGGAAUGCUUGUAGCAGUCAAAGCAUUCCAACUAACUCAAAUACAAGCAUGAUGGAAGUAAAAACAGCUGGAAUGGAGUCAAGACAUGAAGUAAAUCAGUAUGGUGUAAGCCAUAAGAAGUUAUGUGGGACUAGGGGGAAGCUGUCACUGGAGUCCUCAGGUUCUACCCUGAAAAAGGAUGGUGAUGGGAAACUGAAUGAGGUGCCUAUUGACCACACGGUACCUUCUAAUUACAAGGACCAGAGGGAACUAGAAGGAACCAGAAAAGGGCCAAUAGACAUGAAUGAUGAGUACAAUCAGGGUCAGGAUAAGCUAUGUGAAACCAGGCAGAAAUUAUCACUGGAAACCUUUGCUCAAUUCCAGAACAGAGAUGGCCAUGACAAGGAGAAUUUGGUACUAAAUCGCUGUCCAUCACCUAACCCUCAGAAGCCUUUUGUGGCUUCUUCAGGGUCAUCAAUGACGAAGGUUGGAAACCAUUGUGAUCAUGAAGAGCAAGGUAGUAAAUCAAUAAAUGACAGCAUCAACAUGAGAUCAAAGAAGCUGACUGUUGGCAAAAAGCAGCCACAGGGAAUAUCUUCAGACACCUGCCAGAUAAGAGAUGGUUGUAAUGAAGAAAUGAUUGUGAUCCCUCAACCAUCACCCUCUGAGUUCCAUUCAUAUGCGUCUCAUGAGACCUUGCCACUUCCAAUGGCUGCUAAACAUAUUGAACUGCCUCAUAAGGUUUUUAUCGAUGGAAUGGGAAAUGGCUACAAUGGUAUAAAUUCUAAGAAGCUCUGUUCUGUUGGCAAGAAGCUUUCAUUGGGGUUCAGGGGCUUAUCUCAGAUUCAAGAAAAGGAUAACAAGGAAAAUGUGGUUCCAGUUCACCAGACACCACUUCCACAUCCCAAAAGCCCUUCUCUGAGUUCAUCUAUGCCCUCAAUGGUAUCAAAGGUAGGGAAGCAUUUUGAAAGCGGAUCAGAGAUUAGUGGCCUAAAUGUGAGUUACAAGAAUUGUGGGAUUGGUCGAAAGCUGUCACUUGGUCCACUCACUCAAUUACAGGGGAGCAAUGAUGAUAACGGGCAGUUGCUGUCACUCUCCCAGAAACUCUCUGAAGAUCCAUCCAAGGACCUGCCCUUGCAACAGGAUUGCAGGUGUGAUAACAAGCAGAAGUUGAAUCACGAUCACAAUGUGAAGAUUGAUGAGGGGACCAAGCAACAGAAUACAGAAGACAAAUCACCAGUUUCUGAAUCGGUAAUUGUUCUGGAUAGUGAAGAUAGUGAGGAUGAAGGGUAUGUAUCUUUGAGGAAAUCAUUGUUAGCACGAAAGCGGAUAGGGAAGCGGAAAGCUAGAGUUUGAAAAUUUUCACAGUUUCAAACUUUCAAGCGAGCUGACAGGGAUGAACUUUUUUUAAUUUACUCUAUGCUCGUGAUUCAAUGUAGUAUGGUGGUUUAUAACAUAAGAAAUUUCUUUUUGCCUUAACAGGGAGUAUACUAUUGGAACAAUACAAUCAACUUCUCAAAUUACAAUGCUCAAACAAAUCUAAAAGAGAAGACCAAGAAAGCGAUUUAUUA